CUGUGGAGGUGGUGGCCCCAGGCAGGGGCAAACAGGUCCCCAUCCAGGUGGUGCAGGUGCUGAACAUGGUGGGUAAAGCGCUGCUGGCCCCUCUAUGGCACCAUGUGGCCCCAACAGCAGGGCAGCUCCACUCUAUGGCCUUCCUAACACUGGCUUUGGUGCUGGCGCUGGUCUGCUGCACCUCUAAUGUCCCUUUCCUGCCCUUCCUGAGCCACCUGCCACCUCUCUUCUUACGGUCUUUCUUCCUGGGCCAGGUUCUCAGACCCUGUGUGCUGGCCCUAGUGCAGGGUGUGGGCCACGUCGAAAGCCCACCAGCCCCCACCAACAGUACCCCUGGGCCCUCCUCCCAAUUCACUGAGCGUUUUCCCACCAUCACCUUCUUCUGGGCAAUGACCACCCUUCUGGCCACUUUGGUUGCAGCCUUCCAGGGUCUCCUGCUUCUGUUGCUGCCACCACCAUCGGUACCCACAGCAGGCCUGGAGACUGGCCUGUGGGUAGGAGCCCCAUGAGCAGGGAAGGAGGAGGAAGAGGAAGAGGGUUCACCUUUGCAGAAGUCACCAAGCCAGGCAGCAGGCACCACCCCUGGCCCUGAGGUCCACUGGCUACUCUCAGCCCAUGGCACUUGCCUGCUGGGCCUUCUGGUGGUCACCAACAUUCUGACCAAUGGUGUGCUGCCUGAUGUGCAGAGUUUUUCUUGCUUGCCUUAUGGGUGCCUGGCCUACCACCUGGCCAUGGUGCCGGGCAGCACCACCAAUCCCCUUGCCUGCUUCCUGGCCACAGGUGUGCUGUGCAGCAAGUACCUGGCAGGGCUGGUCAGUCUCUCUCUGUAGGGCAUGCUCUUUGGGACCUAACUGAUGGCACUGACAAUACUGAGUCCAUGCCUGCCCCUGGUGGGCACCUCUGCAGGGAUGGUCCUUGUGGUGCUGUUUUGGGUCUGUGUCUGGGCGUGUUCUUCAUACACGAAGGUGGUGGCCAGUUCCCUGCUGCAUGGCAGGAGAUGGCUGACAUUGCUGGUGGCUGGCAAGGCUAUUCGGCUGGGCCCCCUGCUGGGUACCAUUGCUAUGUUCCCCCACGUGUUCUGCAGCAGAAAGGAUUGUGUGGACCCAUGUGGACACUGA